AUGUUCAAACGACCGUCAUGUUUACAAGGCCGGCGGCAUGGUGAGGGCAACGGUGAUUGGACCGCCUUCCCUGUCCGCCAGCUCUUUGUGCUAGCACUAUGCCGCAUCUGCGAACCAAUCGCGUUUAUGUCCAUAUUCCCCUAUGUUUACCAGAUGGUCGAAUCGUUCCACGUAACAGAUAACGACCGCAAGAUCGCCCUGUAUGCUGGAAUGAUUACAUCGGCCUUCACCUUUGCAGAGUUCUCCGCAGGCAUGUUCUGGGGUCGGAUGAGUGACAAGAUUGGCAGAAAGCCUGUCCUCGUCAUGGGCUUGAUUGGAACUGCCAUUAGUAUGGUUGUUUUCGGGUUCGCUCCCAACUUGCCAACUGCCAUGAUCGCCCGGGCACUGGGAGGCCUGCUGAACGGCAACAUUGGCGUGCUUCAAACCACCGUUGCAGAGAUCGUCACUGUCAAAGAGCACCAACCCCGGGCCUAUUCCAUCAUGCCGUUCGUCUGGUGCCUUGGGUCGAUCAUCGGGCCUGCUAUGGGUGGUGCGUUGGCACAACCAUGCGACAAUUAUCCCGGAUUAUUUCAACGUGACACCAUCUUUGAUCGCUUUCCGUUUCUGCUGCCCAACCUGGUCUGCGUUGUCGUCUUAGUGUCCGGCAUCGUUGUUGGCCUGUUGUUCCUGGAGGAGACCCAUCCGGAGAAGAAGCACCGCCGCGAUCCCGGCCUGGCGUUGGGCAAUUGGCUCGUUGCGAAAGUCUGGGGUUCUCCCGAAUCCCUCCCGGAGCCCACGGACGCCAAAGCGCAAUUGACCGGAGAGGGAGAGUACUACGACUACGAGGAUGUCCCUCCGCCAGAGUACAGAAGCACGGAAAGUUCGCCUCGUCUGGGUCCGAUGAAGGAAUCGGACAACCUGUCUGCGGAUGACGACAUUGAGGGGCAGAUGAAGGGCGAGCCGUGCGCAACUCCCAAGGCUUUCACCAAACAAGUCAUCUUCAACAUCAUUGCCUAUGGCAUUCUUGCAUACCACAGUGUCUCCUUCGACCAACUCAUGCCCGUCUUCUUGAGCACCCCCAAGUCGGACGACGAUGUCGUGCUUCCCUUCAAAUUUACCGGUGGUCUGGGACUGGCUACGAGUAAAAUCGGCUUCAUGUUGGCGGUUCAAGGCGUCUAUUCCAUGAUCGCGCAGCUGUGGCUGUUCCCAUUCGUUGUUCGUCACUUUGGAACAUUGAGAGUUUUCCGUUUCGUGUUGCUCGUUUGGCCGCCUCUCUACCUCAUGGUCCCUUACCUUAUCCUCCUGCCCGAACAGCUCCAAACUGCCGCGGCCUACGUCGCUUUGAUCAGCAAAAUCACGCUGCAUGUCAUCGCAUUCCCUGCUACUGCUAUUCUUCUCGCCAACGCUGCCCCGUCCUCUAAAGUCCUCGGUUCCAUCAACGGUGCGGCCGCCUCGACAGCUAGCUUGAGCCGCGCUUUCGGCCCAACAGUUACUGGCUUGCUUCAUUCUAAGGGUCUCGAAAGUGGAUACUCCGUGCUAGCCUGGUGGGCUUGUGGAAUAGUGUGCAUCCUUGGCGCCAUCGAGAGCUUUUGGAUGGAGGAAUCGGAGCGAGACCAGGACGUGGAGAAGAAACCCGAAUGCGAUGGCCCAACUUCAAACCGCGACUCGUUGCGGGGUUCCUUCACUGCAGGCAAGGAAGACGGCUCUCCCGAGGAAGUGCGGAGAUUGCUGUCUUCGGCGCGCACCAGCAUCGAUGACCUGGACGUUCCCAACGUGGACUUAAUGCAAGCCAACCUGAACGUCACUUCCGAGCCCGAGCCUGACAAGUCGAAGCUAAGCCAAUAG